AGCAAGCAUCAAGCUCAAAAGGCUGCAGUGCACCUCGAGCGGGCAUAGACGUGCUCUGGCAGCUGUGCCGGACAGCUAAUUCAAGCAGUCGCGGCGAAAGCUCCUCGCGGUCGCGGCGUGACCGCCGACAACUGGAGAGAGCAACUCGCUGCCUGGCAGUGUCUCUGAGCGCGGCGACGCAAGGAGGCGUUGCUGCGCGUUGCUCGUGUGACUGAUACGCGCCGUCGACGCGCGCAACGAACGAAAAAUGACGAAACUCGCGCUCCUCUGCACCUGCGCCCUCGCGCUCACCCCCCCGGCGCCGCGAAGCCAUUUACCGCGGCGCCUGGGGAGCAGCUUUUCGGAGGACGACCUCCAGCGCCCGGCGGGCCACGGCUACACGCGCGGGCCCGGCGAGGACGACGGGUUCGUGGACAUCCCAACCGUUGAUUUGCUCUUGACCCAGCGGAACGAGGCCAAAAAGCGGCGCGAUUUUGUGGUUGCGGACGCCAUCCGCGACGAAUUAAAAGUGGAGCACAACGUCGGCGUGCACGACCGCGACCGCACGUGGUGGCUCGGGCGGCAGCAGCGCGCGGCGCGUCCCCAAAGGCCGCCGCUGCCGAGCGACCACGGCUACGCGCGGGAGAUCGGCGACAACACGCCCUUGGUCGACGAGGCCGCCGUCGACGCUUUGUUAUUACAAAGAAUGCACGCGAAGAUGACGCGGGACUUUACGAGGGCCGACGCGCUCCGAGCCGAGCUCUCGUCGGUGCACGGGGUCCGCGUCCACGACGGGCGCAAGGUCUGGCGCGCCGGCGUCGACGCCGACACGGCGGACCCCUGGGCGCGCGUCGAGGACGUCUACGAGCGCGACGCUAGAGACGGCGGCGGCGCCGUCGACGACGCGGCGGUGCAGGCGCUGUUGCGGCGGCGCAGCGUCGCGCGGCGGCGGCGCCACUGGCAGUUGGCUGAUGACAUCCUCGAGCAGCUCCUGGACCUGGGCGUCGUCGUCAACGACAAGACGCGGACCUACGCCGCGACGAUCGACUACGUGCCGUGCGCGGCCAAUUGCAAGGGCACGAUGGACCCGCACGACCGCGAGCACGUCGCCGGGCUCGUCGCCGAGCGCGCGCUCCACAAGCUCCGGCGCCAGUUCGGGGAAGCGGACGCGAUCCGCGACCGGCUCCUCGAGGGCUGGGGCGUGCGCGUCGACGACAAGAAGCACACGUGGUGGCAGGAGGUCGAGCGGUAGGUUGCACUUGGCGCGCUUUUCUAAGGGCUUGUUCUUCC